AUGAUGCUUGAGUUAAGAUGGCCCUUAUUGGGUGUGAUAAUACCUGUGGCAAUCAUAGGUUUUACUGCCUAUGGUUCGCAUUACUUCAUCCUUCGUAAUCAUUUGUCAACCACACAGCAAAUCAUUUAUGAAUGUUUAGCUUCCAUGAUCUGGAUUUCUUAUGCUUUGGCAAUAUAUGCCAGUCCUGGGAGACCACCAAAAGACUAUACACCGAAAAAAGGCGAGUGGAAACGGUACUGUACCAAAUGCCAAAGUUACAAACCACCCAGAACACACCAUUGCUCCAAAUGCAAGACUUGCGUGAUGGCAAUGGACCAUCACUGUCCCUGGACCCUUAAUUGUGUUGGAGCCAAUAACCUCCCCCAGUUUAUGAGGUUUUUAUUUUGGGUCAUGGUGGGGACCGGUUAUUUGUUUGUGCAAUUGUGUGAACGUAUAGUGGCAUAUUAUAAUGACCUGGAUAAACCAAUUUACCUUAUAAAACGAUCAGAAUUGAUUGCCGUUAUUGUCUUUACCCCGGUUGACUUGUUUGUCUUGUUGAGUAUUUCUUUGUUAUUCAUUAGGUGUUUGAUCAAUAUUUGUAAAGGUAUGACUCAAAUUGAGAUUUGGGAAUGGGAUAGAAUUGAUAGUCAAUUUCACAGCAAAAGACUUUGGAAGUCAAUUAGGUUGAAUUAUGAGCAGUUAUAUGGAAAACAGUUGCCACAAUUGAGUACAUGGACUAAUAUAAGUCCGAUUGAUAAAGAAGAAUUUUCCAUGGAAGAAAUUAGAAACGAUGACAAUAAUGAACUGGAUGGUUCUCAGAUCCGUAACUCUUUGGAAAUGGAUGAUGAAGAAGAAUCACGAUCAUCUGAUGACAUGUUAGAACAAAGAGAAGUUGAACAAGAGCUAGAUGAAGAGGAACUCGUGCCAAGUAAUUUCACCAUAGAUGACUUAAUAUUUCCAUACGAUUACGGGAUUUGGGGCAACAUCAAGUACUUUUUGGGCUCACCAUUCAUGUGGUUAGUACCAUGGGCCAAACCAAAUAAUGAUGGUUUCAAUAUUGAGCCUUCGCUGGAUUAUAAGGAAGACGAUCAGUUGGGACUUCCUUGGCCACCUGAUGGUGGGAAUCAAAACAUUACAAUUCCAACUCCUAGCGAUGAUGAGUUGAGAGGCAUAACCAACUAUUCUCAAUUAAAGAAACAGUUGGAUCCAAGAUACAAUGCUAAUAGAAGUUCCUGGCAUAAUGACAUGGGAGAAGGUUUGAAUGAUUUUGGUGUAUAUAUUGAUGACUCUGAUGACAAUGAAUUAUAG